AUGGAAAACAAUGUCGUCACCGAUGGACAAAAGCAAACUUCCCCAUCGUCUUCAUACGAAGCUGCCAUGGAGAAGAUUUCAUCUCUUAUUACUCGCCAAAGGCGAGGGGAAAAGCCACCGAUUUCUAACAAAUUAGAAAAAAUGUCAUUGUAUCUUCAGAUUUUGGGUUUGGAGGAAGAUAUAAGUAAGCUCAACAUUAUUCAUGUGGCUGGCACAAAGGGGAAGGGUUCAACAUGCAUAUUCUGUGAGUCAAUCUUAAGGGAGUGUGGCUUUCGCACUGGAGUUUUCACAUCCCCUCACCUAAUUGACGUGCGUGAACGAUUUCGUAUUGAUGGGAUGGACAUAUCUGAAGACAAGUUUUUACAAUAUUUCUGGGAUUGUUGGAAUCAAUUGGAGGAAAACACAACAGAGGAGAUUUCAAUGCCCCCACUAUUUCUGUUUCUUACUUUGUUGGCCUUCAAAAUAUUUGUAUCUGAACAGGUUGAUGCUACCAUUAUUGAAGUUGGACUUGGAGGCAAAAAAGACUCAACUAAUGUGAUCAAAGAGCCCACUGUUUGCGGCAUUACUUCUCUUGGCAUGGAUCACACUGAAAUAUUGGGAGAUACUCUUGGACAGAUAGCUUCACACAAGGCAGGAAUUUUUAAGCCUAAAGUUCCUGCCUUCACAGUACCACAACCUUCUGAAGCUAUGGAUGUAAUCCUUGAGAGAGCCAAAGAACUCAUGAUUCCACUGGAAGUGACUGAACCUUUUGAUUGUAAACAAAUAAAGGGAUUAAAGCUUGGUUUAUCCGGAGAUCACCAGUUCUAUAAUGCUGCUCUUGCAGUCUCACUUUGUAGAUGCUGGCUUCAGAGAACAGGGAACUGGGAAAAAAAAUAUCAAAAUCAUUUUCAGGAUUCUAAUCUGCCAGAUGAAUUUAUGAGAGGCCUUUCAACUGCGCAUUUUUCUGGCAGGGCUCAGAUUGUUUAUGCCUCUGCUCCAAAUCCUAGCUGCUCAGAAAUUGUGUCCAAAAAUUGCGGAGAGUUGAUAUUUUAUUUGGAUGGAGCUCAUAGUCCGGAGAGCAUGGAGGCUUGUGCAAAGUGGUUCUCUAAUGCUGUAGUAGAAAAUGCAGAGGAAUCAUCAGAAAAUGGUCACGAACUACACAAAGGAAAUACCUUGGGGCAGUUUGAGAAAUCUUUUAAGCGGAUUCUCCUAUUCAACUGCUUAGAUGUGAGAAAUCCAGAUAUUUUACUUCCACGGCUGGUGAAUACUUGCGCUUCUUCAGGUAUACAUUUCUCAAGGGCACUUUUUGUCCCAAAUAUGUCAAAGUACAGUAAGGUUCUUUCUGGUUCAUCAGUUAUUUCUUCUGAUCUCCAUGGCAUAGAUCUGUCAUGGCAAUUUAACCUCCAAAGAACCUGGGAGAAGAUUAUGCAUGGGAAAGAAACAACCGUGCCAAUUGAAAAGGACUUCAAGAUAGAUAGCAAGCAGAUCUUACCACCUCCCGAGUUUCUUUAUGAUAAUGCAUCGAGUGGUGGUCAUUCUCAUAACUGUCGUGCGCCGCCCAGUGCAGUAAUACCUUCAUUGCCGUUGGCAAUCAAAUGGCUGCAGGACUGUGUCAAAGAAUACCCUUCCACAAGACUUCAGGUUCUUGUCACUGGAUCGCUGCAUCUUGUCGGAGAUGUGCUAAAGCUCUUGAAAAGAUGA